GAGGAGGAGAAGGCGGAGGAAUCGGCGGCGGCGGAAUCGGUGGUGGAGGAGGAGGCAGUGGGGGAGAAGGUGGUGGUGGUGGAGGUGGCGGAGGAGGAGGAGGAGGAGGAGGAGGAGGAGGCGAUAGCCCUUCGGAUUAUCCGCCGAGUGUAGCGGCUGCGAGGAGCAGGGAAGCGGCGGCGGCGGCGCUGCACGCGGCAAGGACCCUGUUGGGCGCGGGGGUGGCUAACCCUUGCUCGUCCACCCCCGAGCCGCCCUUCUGGAAGAUGCCGCACAAAGAAGAGGACUUGAUGCACGGGGGUGGCGCGGGUAUUGGAGGGGGUUCUAUGGUCGGACAGAACUCAAUAUUUGGGUGCUCGGCUGCAGGACACAGCGGGGUUAACCAGCUUGGCGGUGUUUACGUCAAUGGUCGGCCAUUGCCAGACUCCACCAGGCAGAAGAUCGUCGAAUUGGCGCACAGUGGGGCGAGACCUUGCGAUAUCUCACGAAUUUUGCAGGUUAGCAACGGAUGUGUCUCCAAGAUCCUCGGCAGGUAUUACGAGACCGGAUCCAUAAAACCACGUGCGAUAGGUGGGAGUAAGCCACGAGUAGCGACCACUCCGGUCGUCAAUAAGAUCGCCGAUUACAAGCGCGAGUGUCCAUCGAUUUUCGCUUGGGAAAUACGAGAUCGACUUCUCCAGGAAGGCGUUUGCAAUAAUGACAAUAUACCAAGCGUGUCGUCGAUCAACAGGGUGCUUAGGAACCUAGCCUCUCAGAAGGAGCAACAGGCGGCAGCGGUGCAAGCGCAUCAAGGCGCCGAAAGUGUUUACGACAAGCUGAGAAUGUUCAACGGACAGGCUGCAGGUUGGCCACCGGCAUGGUACUCGGCUACGCCCUCUCAUCAUCCACUGGCCACUGGCAUUCCAACAGCGGCUACCCCUGGCUCCGGACAGUCUCUUCUACCCGGUAGUCAACUACAUGGUCGUGACGAUUCUCUGCUCAAACGAAGCGACACGGGUUCUCUGUUGUCGCAUCAGCAGGAGACAACGUCGGACGGGAACUCGGAACACAAUUCAUCCGGCGACGAGGACUCGCAAGUACGACUAAGGCUGAAGCGAAAACUCCAGCGCAAUCGGACGUCCUUUUCCAACGAACAGAUAGACAGCCUCGAGAAAGAAUUCGAGCGGACACAUUACCCGGACGUGUUUGCGCGGGAGCGUCUCGCCGAGAAGAUUGGAUUGCCCGAGGUGUGGUUCAGUAAUCGCAGGGCAAAGUGGCGUCGAGAGGAAAAGUUGCGAAACCAGAGAAGAGCAGCCGUCGAUCAGGUUGUCGGAGGUGGAAGCGGGGGUGGUAGUAGCAGUGCAGCACCUCCCGCAGCGACACCGGCCACUCCACGUUUGCCUCUAAACGCCGGAUUCAACGCCAUGUACUCCUCGAUACCGCAGCCAAUUGCUACUAUGCCUGACACUUACAGUUCAAUGUCGGGUAGUCUGGGCGGGUCAAUGGGUGGAAGCUGCCUUCAGCAACGAGCCGAGGGAUACCCGGCGUACGUGUUCCACGAGCCACUUCACUCGCUCACGCAGUCUUACACCCACGCACACAGCACUGCGCAUUCGCAACCCCAUCGUGGUAUUCCGACCUCCCAUGGUGGUACCCCCACCACGCCGGGUGGCCAACCUGCGGGACCAGGUGGUGCACCCUAUCAGCCGACGACCUCGACCGCGACCGGCGUAAUAUCGGCAGGCGUAUCGGUGCCAGUGCAGAUACCAUCCCAGACUCCGGACCUGACUGGCAGCUAUUGGCCUCGGCUCCAGUGAUCCCAGCUAUUCGGGUUCCCGCCCGCGAGCUUGCUCGUGGGGCAGGAGAGCCCGCCACCACCGACGGUCACACCGGGUGCCGUUUCGAGACCGCUUUUAGCCAGUCUCGGCAUACCGGCACAACCACCGACGGCGUCCCAGCAACAGCAACAACAGCCGAGCAGCACACCGGCAACGACCCCAGUACAUACCUCCGAUACCAGUGAAUGAAUGAGACGCAUCAUCGCGGUCCUCUCUCUAUCUCUCAAAUGAGAAAGAGAGAGAGAGAGGGAGAGAGGGAGAGAGAGAGAGAGAGAGAGAGAGAGAGAGAGAGAGAGAGAGAGAGAGAGAAAGAAAGAAAGAAAAAGACCGAGAGAAUCAUCGAGAAUUCAUCGAGACUUCUAACCACAGCGAGAAAGACCUUUUUCUAAGACUUACGAUAUUUUCCCGUCAAGCGAGGCCUCGAAACGUCGCUCGGCGCUGAUGACGUCCUCGAACCGGAUACCUCACCUACUUUUUUCAUCUACUCGCACUGAGUUCGGAGGACUUUGCAUCGUUGAUCGGUGAGACGUUUCUUAAUCAUCAUUAAUUUUUGUCUUCUUUUUAUCUUCAGCUUUAUCUCGACGAAUCCUUGUUUAAUUAUUUAUCUUAUUCCUUCUAAGAAAAGAUGUAUACGUUAAAGAAAUACCUACGUCAAUAGCUAUAGCAGGUAUUUCUUUAUUUUUACGUCGAUUCGAUUUGAUCGGAUCAACGAUGCGAAGU